UUUAAACAAGUAACUCGUCAUUAUAACUAACUAGCUCUUUGGGGGAUGGGAAGUGGGCGCUGCUGUUUAUAUUAUGGUAUUUAACCAACUUUUCAUCUAUGUGUUCACGACUCGCCUCUCAGCCCUCCCUGUUGUUAUGACGACCAAGUCGUAAAUCCGCCAUGUUUUCCUGGUUGCGGCGUUGCGACACAGACGGAGAGUCUGGGCGAAAUGAAUGUAGAAAAUAAUACGGCAGAAACAGAAAGCGAGCCGGCGGUACACGGUAACAUCAUCACAGUCCACACCACGCUUGGGGACGAAGAUGAAGAUGUGCAUAAAUGUGGCCGCUGCCAGUGCGAAUUCACCUGCCUCGAGGCUUUCAUACAACACAAACUGCAGAACAGCUGCCAGCGCAGCCAUGAAGUCAUGCCCUCCAGCUUGGGCAGCAAGUACAGCCAGGAGGACAGCCAGCAGGUUGUGUUGUCAGAAGAAAUUACUGUUGCAGCUAUAGUAGUGGAUGAUACUAAUGUGCUGUCAGACAGAGCUGAAAGAUCAACAAUUGUAGACAGGCAUGCUAAUGCUGGUGUUUCCAGUAGCUUGCAGCAGCACCAAGGUGAGGAGUCAAAGAGGGCUGGUGAGGACGAGGAGGGAGAGACCAGCCAGGACAGCACAGAGGAGGUCAGCAAGGUGGAGGCUAUAAAUGCCAAGCUGACGGUUAACAGAGAUGGGCGUUAUGUGUGCCAGCUCUGUGAGAAGACCUUUAAAACGGCAAAUAUCCUGAGAGCACACUUAAGUACCCACAGUAAUAAGAAAAACUUCAUGUGUAAGCUUUGUGGAAAUGCUUUCAGAACAAAGGGCUCGUUGAUACGCCACAAUCGACGGCACACAGAUGAGCGGCCCUAUAGAUGUAACAUGUGUGGGUUAUGCUUCAGAGAGUCUGGAGCGUUGACCCGACAUUUAAAGUCUAUCACACCUUGUACUGAGAAGAUACGCUUCCAUCAGUGCAAAGAGAUACUUGUUCAAAAAGAUGGUCAAACAAAAGUGUCUAUUGAUACAGAAUUGAAUAUUGUUCCAACUCAUUUCAUUAAUCCUAUGGAAGUACAGCAAUCUAAGAUAAAUGUUGCGACUGACUCUGAGGAGAAUGUUUUUCGAGAAGUCCAGGUGCAAAUGGAAGUGGACAGCCCUGAAAAAAACCAACAGAAUGAACAGAAAAUAGAUGGUGACAAUCUGAUUAGCCAGGCAAUAAUCAAUUCGGGGAUAACCAUGGAAAACGUGAAGGAGGACACUAUAGUGAAACAUACAGAGGAACCAAUGUCUGGAACAGAGGAAACUGAGGCGAGGAUGGGCGAGAUACAAGUCACGGAAGAGUGUGUUGAAACUGACUCUUUGGACACAGAACUUUCAAGCCGGCAACGUGACCAUAAAACCUACAAGUGUCCACACUGUAAUCGGGUCUUCAGUGGACCAAGUUACCUUCGUUUGCACGUUAAAGGUCACUUGGGGCAUAGGCCAUUUAAAUGCUUGGACUGUGAGAAAGAAUUCAUCACGUUGUACCUCCUAAAGAAGCACAUGGAGUGUCAUGUCGGAGAGCGGCGCUUUAAGUGUGGGGAGUGCGGGAAGUUGUACAAGACCAUUGGACACGUUAGGGAGCACAUGAGGGCACACUCUGACGAGCGGCCCUACUCCUGCUCCGAAUGUGGAAAGGGCUACAAGACUAAGAAUGCAUUGCAGGUACACGUACGGACUCACUUUAACGAGAAGCCCUACAUGUGCCAGUUCUGCUCGCAGGGUUUCAGGGAAAAGGGCUCUCUGGUGCGGCACAUCCGCCAUCACACAGGAGAAAAACCAUUCAAGUGUAACAGGUGUGGACGGGGCUUUGCAGAGCACGGCACACUGAACCGACACCUCCGAGCCAAAGGGGGAUGCUUUGUGGGAAUGAAGGAUUGUAAGCAGGUAGAGGUUUCUGAGGAAGACCCUUCUGCAGGCAAUGUUGCUGCAGCCAUCAUCGCUGAUGACCCUCCUACUGUUCUGGUAGAGUUCUCCUCGGUGGUGGCUGACACACAGGAAUACAUCAUUGAAGCUCCUGGUGAAACGGCUGAAUCGGGUGAAGAAGGUGGACUCGUACAGGAUGGCAGCCAUCGGGUUGGAAGGCACAUAAUGAAUGUGGUACAGCAAAUAGUGAAUCAGGCUAACUCCGGCCAUCAGAUUAUUGUUCAGAAUGUCGCAGCGGAUGAAAAUGCUGGGAUAUCUGCAGACUGCAUGGAUACCAUCACCAUAGCAACGCCAGAGAGUCUCACUGAACAGGUUGCCAUGACAUUGGCCACUGCCAUAAGUGAUGGCACUAUACUGACAACAGAGGGCAGCCUGGAUGCUGGGGAUGGGGCUGUCGCCAUGGUGGCUUCACAGGACAUUGAGAUAAUGGAGCAAACUGAGGAAUAUGUCAUUGCUUCACCAGAAGUGGAGAUUCAGACAGUCAUCAUUUAAGACCAGUCAUAUCUUAUUGGUUACUUGCGAUUCAGUGUCAUAUAAACCAUUAUUCUGUGCAUAAUGUGUAAUAGAAAAAAAAAAAUCAGUAAAUUGGUUAUACAGGGAUGCUUUAAGCCAUAUAAUUGCAACAUGUCCAUGUGUUUACAUAAGUCUUACUUUUGUUACUCCAUGUUAAUUGAUUGAUCUUUUAGUUUUGUCUGCACUUGUACUGCCUUACACAAUUACAGCUGUAAUAGUCAACCCUGUUACAUGGCAGCAACUCAUCAGAGAAUAGAUGGCAAGGCAACGGGCAAGCCUUAAAAAAAGAAUAUGAAUAAUUUGUGGUAGAAAAUAGGAAAUGUAAAAGGUAUUAUUAACAGCAACACAGAUGGAAUAUCUGUGAUCUGGUCAAAUAUUCAAUUGUUGCAGAUUGAUGGCAGGCCUACUGGUAGUCUUUCUGGUGCUGUUGUUGUUUCGCAGUCAGAUGGCCAUUACACUGCUGCAAUCAUUCCUGGUUUACUCAUUUAAUAGGCAGUUUGUUGAAAAUUGAGAAUACCAAGGAGAAGCAGAGCUGGAAAGUAAUGAAACCUGGAACAAAAAUCUGUAAAAAAAAAAAAAAAACAAAAAAAAAAAAAAAAACCAA